CUUAAAUAAAAGUAAAUUUUCUUCCCACAGAUGUACAAAUGCACCUUUAUGCCUGUCGUCUGUAAGUCUGAACUGCUUUUUUACUGGUUAAAAAAGGGAAAAGUGAUAAAAAAUUUGGAAAUAAUUUUAAUAAUUCGAAAUGGAGCUCACUCAAGAGAAUAUUAAGACGCCAGCAAGUAUUGUUUAUGAAGAAAUGACUAAGAAAAAAUUAGUUCCUGUUUACGAAUUAAUAGUUGACGGAACGGGAGAUCCUAAUCCAGUAUUCACUUACAAACUUACUUGUGAUGGAGAAUCAGUUGUUGGAUCCGGGCGCUGUAAAAAACUGGCCAAACAGAAUGCCGCAAAUGAGAUGUUAAAGAAGCUGAAAAUUCCAUAUUUUGGUUCUGAAAAUUCUUCAGAAUGUCAAGCUACGCUCUCAGAAUCCAUUGAUGAUGAAUUACUGCAGCCACUUUUAGACAAUGACUCUGAAGAGAAAAAUAGGCAUUCAGAUUAUUCAAAUGCGGUGCAAACAGUAAUGAAAUUGUGCGUAGAACAUUCACUUCCAGUACCGGAAUUCAAAACGACGUUAACGGGCCUACCUCAUACUCCCCUCUUCACUACAUGUUGCACGACAUCCAAUUUCGUCGAAGAAGGUUUUGCACCAAAUAAAAAAGAUUCAAGACGAAAUGCGGCAUUAAAAAUGAUCGAUGCAAUAAAGAGAGAAAAGAAUAUUUCAAAAGAUCCAGAGUGCAAAACUGAAUUAAAAUCAACAUCUCAUAUUUCACCACGUUUGCAACAUUUACUUUCAUUGUCCAGAACUGUUGAAAGCAACCCAGGAGAAAAAACGCCUAUCGAGAAGGUUGUAAUUUGCGAAAAAAACCAAUCACUUAAAAAACAUAUUUCUCCUGAAAUUGAAAGUCAAUUGUGCGUAGUUAAAGAAUCGAUAGAGAAACUACUGCAAUUGAUUUAAGACAAGGGCAAUCAUUGUGAUUCGAUUAUUUUUUUACCAAAGGAUAUAACAGUUGAAACUCUUUUUCUUUAUUACGUAGUCUUACAAAUAGACAUGUAUGUUUAUUUUACUUAUAUAGGUACUAAGAUGACAAUUAUAAAUUGUCAUGUAAAAUUUCAAAAUGACGUUUUGUUAUUCACUCUUUAUUUGCUAAAACAAUUAUGAUAACGCGAAUCUGAAGACAUUUUUUUAUCGUUUACAGUAAGUAAUAUUCCUUUAUUUUGUAUUUUUCUGAAUAAAAAGUUUUCAUAAGAAA